GGAAGCCGCUCGGCCGGGGCCGGGGAGAUGCCCUUCUCCAGCGGGGCGCUACCAGGAUGCUCCAAGCAGGAGGUGACGUCCCAGUGGGGGGGACACGAGGAGAAGGGCUGAGACACGGAGGAACUCUCCUGCGUGAAGCAUGUUCGGGGGGAGAAAGGGGGCUGCAGGUUGACCUUCCCAUCCCCUAACUCUGUCCCUGCCCAUCCCUAGUCCAUGGGUGCCCCCCUCCCCGCCCUCCCCUCCUCCUUCAACUCCAGCGCCGAGGAAGCCGAGCCGGAGGCAGUGCUGAGCCGGAUAUGCAGCGACUCCCCGCAUCCCUCCUUGGCAGAGCGCGGUGACGCCGCGGCAGCCACCACGGAGAGGACACAGGACCCCCCCUUGGGCCCGCCAUGCCCCUUUGAGGGGGUGGCCUGGACCCCGAGACCCCCACAGGGACCCCCGCAGGGCUGCUUCGCCUGCAUCGCCAAGCCCCCAGCUCUCCGGCAAGCUUCGCCCGUCCUGUCUCCUUCUUCUGCCGUUUAUCUCAUGGAGAGCAAGAGCUGCAAAGGGGACAGCCUGCGGCCAGCGGUCCCGUGCAAGCACUCGGUGGAGAAGAAGACGAUGACCAACCCCACCACUGUCAUCGAAAUCUACCCUGACACCACCGAGGUGAACGACUACUAUCUCUGGUCCAUCUUCAACUUUGUAUACCUCAACUUCUGCUGCCUCGGCUUCAUCGCCUUGGCCUAUUCAUUGAAAGUCCGAGAUAAGAAACUGCUCAAUGACUUAAAUGGAGCAGUUGAAGAUGCCAAGACAGCCCGGCUUUUUAACAUCACCAGCUCAGCCCUUGCCACCUUCUGUAUCAUCCUGAUCUUCAUCUUCCUGCGAUACCCUCUCACUGACUACUGAGUGAGGCCAACAGCAGCUGCUGCCGCCAAAAUGCCUCUACGCCAGAAGUGUCUGCAGUUUCUUGUAGCAAGGACACACAAAACAAGCCAACCACUACACCUUGAUUGCCAAAAAAAAAAAAAAAAGUCAAUUAAAUACAUAAAUAAAUGUUAAAUUAGUUUAUCAGCCCAGCUGAGCAUACCUUUCUUGCCCUGAAAUGGUAUGUGAACAGCUGAAGGAAAGGGUCUCACUCUUACACAUGUACAGGAAGAAAAAUAGACCAAGAAAUAUUUGUUUUAUGGCCAACAAGCUGUGUGAAAAGAGCGUGCAAAGCCCAGAGCUACGCACACUUAGUGGCAAACAGCUGAGCUCUAGGAAGCAGUGGGGUCCUGUGGAGCUGGAGACACAUACAGUGAUGGACAGGGAUCAUGGCAGGGCUGGCUUACAACAUAUCAGGUGUGUUCAAACCGCCCCACCACCUCCAGCUUGUGGGGGUUUAUUUUCCUUUUCUUUUUCUCUUGAAUUUCAUCCACUGGUUCAACCAACUCCCAACCCCUGGAGAGCUGAAGGUGUUAGGAAGUUUGUGCUGGGGAGCCCCAAAGCCUCCAGAGAAACCCCAAAGUGUUAAAGGGCAGGUUUCUCCUUGGGAUCUCCCAGCAGUGCUGAGAAGAAAGGCACCUCCUGGAGAACUCGCCUCAGCCACCUAAUUGGAGUGCUACUGUAUUUCUGUAAACAGUCAAUAAAAAGAUACCUCUGA